UAGUGGUGGUAGUAGUAGUAGUAGUAGUAGUAGUAGUAGCAGUGGCAGCAGCAGUAGUAAUAGUAAUAGUAGAAGCAGCAGCAGCAGUAGCAGUAGUAGUAGUAGGGCAGGAGAGGAAGAGGUAAAAGAAGAAAAAGAAGCAGCAGUUUUUGAAGACGGAACCAAUAACAUUAAUAACAAGAGGAAGAAGAAAGAGCAUAGAGUGAAGAUGUCUCGCCAACUUGUUCUAGCUGUGGCAGCAACAGUUGUGAUGGCCAGUUUCUUUUCUACUACGACUAUGGAAGUUUCCAGCAGCGAGACUCUACAGCAGCAACAUACGUCGUCGCCUCUACCGAGGCAGUUGCAGUCGCGGCAGCUGCCACAUCAGUCAGCGCUGUUGAAUUCGUUACAGCAUCAGCAUCAGCAUCAGCAGCAGGAACAGCAACUACAGCAGCAACAACAACAGAAAGAGGAACAUCCGCAAAAUAUAUUACAGCCACAACAAGAACAAGAACAAGAACAAGAACAAGAACAACAAGAACAAGAAGAAGAACAACAACAACAACUAAAACGACUACAACAGCCACAAAGAUCGCAACAACAGCAACAACAACAAUCCCCAAAACGAUUACAACCACAAUCAUCAUUACCACAACAACAACAACCGCAAAAACUACUACGAUCACAACAACAACAUCAACAAGAACAACUACUACUGAAGCCACAAUCACCACCACCACUACUACCUCAACGAUUUCUACGACAUUUACAUCUUCAGCCAACACGAACACAACUUCUACCGCUACCACAUCAGCUACAACUACAAACAAAACCAUCGGUACAACACCAUGUACAACAACAUCAACAACACCUACCACAGCAAAGACCACAACUACAACACCAACCACAGUACCAAUUACAAUCCACACAACCACCACAAUCGCAGCUACUACAACUACAACAUCACCAAUAUGCACAGGCACAACAGCCACAGCCACAAACAAAACCACAACAGCAACAACAACCACAACCACAACAGUCAAAACCGAAUCCACAACACUAUCAACAGCCAGAAGCAAAACAACCGCAAAGAAACCUACAACACCAUCAACAACCAGAAGCAAAACAGCCGCAAAGAAACCUACAACACCAGCCACAACCACAAGCACAUCAGUCACAAAGAAACCUACUGCACCACAAACAAUCACGAUCACUGUCACAAUCACAAUUGCAACAUCAGUUACAAAUACAAACACAAAAGCAACCACAAUCUAAGUUGCAACAACAAGUGCAACCACUACAGCUACUGCCACCUAGUCUACAACCGCUGCAAAGCAACCGAACAACUAGUGUGGGCACUCCCAUUACUCCCUACAAACAAACACGACCGGGAAGUCAUGGAGACAUACAAAGGCAACAACAGCAACAACAAACACGAGAACAACAGCGGCAGCAGCAACAUAAACAGGAACAAGAACAACAAGAGCAACAGCGUGAGAAACAACAACAGCAACAGCGCCAUCACCAACAAGAUGAACAACAAAAAGAGCAACAACAACAACGACAACAAAAGCAACAUCAACAAAAACAGAUGCGAGUGCAGAAAAAUAUGCAGCCCAGGAAUUUCGGCAACGUAAUGUUGGGCGAUUUAAAUAUUGGAUGUGUAAUUUCUCUGCACCACGCCAUUGAUAUCACCACGUGCGGCAGCGUGAAUUUCACGCAGCGAGUCAAGCUCGCCGAAGCCGUGAAAUUCGCCGUUGAGAAGAUCAACCGUCGAUCCGACAUAUUAAACCGGGUGAAACUCGGCUAUGUGAUCCUCGAUGACUGCACCUCUACCACUAUGGCGUUGGCACGAAGCCUGCAGUUCAUGCCGCGGGAGUUACGAGAACGCGGUAUCCGACGCACGCUGCACGAUGGCCGCGAACAAUACCGCGUGUGCAAAACGGUCGCCAAGGGCGGAGAGGAAAAACUGCCGUCGGGGCGACCGAGCGCUUCGGACCGCUGGACCACCACCACUCGGACGGACGAUCUUACAACAACGACAACAACAACUACUACUAACUAUACAACUACUGCUACUGAUGAGAAUACUAGUGCCCUAGCCGAGGCUGAUGGUGCUGUUACAGUUCUUUCCGACGCGGGUUCGAGCACACCUGAUUCCGCGACACCGGCGACGAUCGGCUACGAAGGAGGUGAAGAGUCGAGGCAGAGAAGAAACCAAGAAGAAUUUCUUGAAGAGUAUUACGAUGUCAUCGGGGUGGUCGGCGCCGAUACCACCAAACUCAGCCUCGCCGUCGCCAGCAUCUUGACCAUAUUUCAAAUACCCCAGGUCAGUUCCUCUUCUGUGAUAUUCUCUUAA